CAGCCAAUGGGAAGGCUCAGUACUGCACGGUGUGGCGGGGACAGCGCCGUAGACAGGUUGCGAGUCGAGGGAAGCGGCGGGAAGUUCGUACUACUCUGUGGACGACUGAUUGGCAACUCUGGAGAAAAUGCCACGUGCAAAAGCAGCUCAGGCUGGAAGACAGGGUCCUGCAAAGAGGCGCCUUGCAGAGCAGUUUGCUGCUGGGGAGAUCAUAACCGACAUGUCUAAAAAAGAAUGGAAACUAGGACUGCCUAUUGGCCAGGGUGGCUUUGGCUGCAUAUAUCUUGCGGACACAAAUUCUUCCAAACCGGUUGGCAGUGAUGCACCCUGUGUUGUGAAAGUGGAACCCAGUGACAAUGGACCUCUUUUCACUGAAUUGAAGUUUUACCAGCGGGCUGCUAAACCAGAGCAAAUUCAGAAAUGGAUUCGUACACAUAAAUUGAAGUACCUUGGUGUUCCUAAGUAUUGGGGAUCUGGUCUACAUGAUAAAAAUGGAAAAAGUUACAGGUUUAUGAUAAUGGACCGCUUUGGGAGUGACCUUCAGAAAAUAUAUGAAGCAAAUGCCAAAAGGUUUUCUCGGAAAACUGUUUUGCAGCUAAGCUUGAGAAUUCUGGAUAUCCUGGAAUACAUCCACGAGCAUGAGUAUGUGCAUGGGGACAUCAAAGCCUCCAACCUUCUUCUGAGCUACAAGAACCCUGACCAGGUGUACUUGGUAGACUAUGGACUUGCUUAUCGGUACUGCCCAGAUGGAGUUCAUAAAGCGUACAAAGAAGAUCCCAAAAGAUGCCAUGAUGGCACACUGGAGUUCACCAGCAUCGAUGCGCACAAUGGCGUGGCCCCAUCACGACGUGGCGAUUUGGAAAUACUUGGUUAUUGCAUGAUCCAGUGGCUUAGUGGCUGUCUUCCUUGGGAGGAUAACUUGAAAGAUCCCAACUACGUUAGAGAUUCUAAAAUUAGAUACAGGGAUAAUGUCGGAGCUUUGAUGGAGAAAUGCUUUCCUGAGAAGAACAAGCCAGGUGAAAUUGCUAAGUACAUGGAAACUGUGAAAUUACUGGACUACACUGAAAAACCUCUUUAUCAAAAUUUACGUGACAUUCUUUCACAAGGACUAAAAGCUAUAGGAAGUAAAGAUGAUGGCAAACUGGAUUUUAGUGCUGUGGAGAAUGGAAGUAUGAAGACAAAGCCAGCUUCAAAGAUGGAACCCACACGCGCACACCCAAAGCAUAAGGAUGCUGCAGAAAUGCUCAGAAGAGAGCCCAGCAGCUUGUUGUUUGGGAUUUUGUGUGUUGCCCUAUGAACCAUGUGCCAUCCUUAUGGGCCUUUUCUCCCCAGACAUCAUAUGCUGUCAGAAAAGUUGGGUAAGAGCUUCCUGACUGGUGUGUGGGUGAAUGUGACCACCACCUUCCUUGAUGCACAGGUGUUCCUUUCCUCAGCUGAAUGCUGUCUGAUUUUCAUUCCUUGUAAUUCACCUGUAUGGAGAUUAAGAAAGCUCAUUUUUAUUAAAUAAGCUUCACAACAGAUUGAAUGUGCUAGGCUCUGCAGUCAGAAAUACUGGCUAGCUCCCUUUAUAAUGAGCACUUCAAAACUACCCUCUAAAAUCUGGAAACUGCUUUCUAGCCUAUAUGGAGCACAGAACAGUGCUGAAAUAUUCCUUCUUAAUUUGGAUUUGAACGAACAAAAGUGUCUGUGUUUAUCCCUGCCUAAUGCAUCACAAGUCUGCUGACACACUAACCUUGGAGUCUUGGCUGCCGUUAAUCAGGCCUGUGAACCGGCAGGAAAGACGUACCUAACGCACUCCAUCAGUGCACUUGCAUAUGGAGGCUCUCACAGGGGAGCUGCCCGUGCCAGCUGAGGGUUACCUGCCCACUGCAGUUAUUGUAUGUAAUUAUCGAGCCAAUCUGUUCAGCCCAGCAGGGUUUAGAUGGUAAUCAUGAAGCAACACUUUGGAAAAGAAAGAUGUAAGGCAUUCUCCCCUUCCCUCAUCAGCUGUGUGAAGUUAGAACUGUUCUCAUGGCUAUGUUUAAGAGGCAGUACCUUCUUAUACAAAUCUUCUAAGUGAAUGCCAUUGAAAGUUCCUUAAGGUUUAAUUGGGUUAUUCAUCAGGUACAGUCUAGGUUCCUCCGCGUUCCUCUACAGAAACCUUAUACAUGCCUUAAAACAGUGGGAUUGGUAGUGAUGCACCUACAGCGGCUCUAAGCACUGAAUAUGAAUCAUGGUAGCUUGCACACGUUGGCUUUGUUAUCUGGGGCAGAACCUGUGGUUACCAUUAGGGAGAGAACGCUGUGCUGUCAGUGAAUAUUAUCUUCUGCAGUGUACACAAAAUGGCCUGCAGCAAGGAGCACUCUGAGAUGAAGUUGAACUCAAUUGCUAGACAGUGUAAGUGAGGGCGUCCUGUUGCAUUGUGCUGUGGAGUCUGGGAUGUGUCAGAUGCAUAUCUAAAUGAUCCAGAAUUACUUUAAGGAACUUGGAGAAUCUUUGAAUUCGGACUGCUACACGUUUUACUUUGGGUAUACAUAGGAUAAGACUACAGGAAAAAAAUGUGUUUUAUGUUUAUUGCCAGCAUCUUUCUAUAAAUACUCUUAUAGAGAGAUGUUAACUAAUUAAAUGAGUCAGCACAGAAUUGGACUAGUUCAGUCUUGUAGAGUGUUUGCGAAGAGUGGAAGGCAAAGGAGCACAGGCCCAUUCUCCAGAUGCCACAGCCAAGAACAUGGAAGAUGGAAGGACUGGUGUGGAGAAUCUGAACGACUUCCAGGCGAUCAGGAGAACUUUGUGCUUAGAAUGUCCUCAACAAUGUUUACGGCACUCAAGUAUUUGCUAAGAAGCAUUCUAAAGAAACGCUGGUUCAUGGACAGAAUUUGCCACCAAAUUUAGAUGCUAGGUGAGGUGAGGUGUGUGUAUGUGUUUCUGUUUCUCAGGCUCACAGCCUCUGCAUCUUCCUCCAUCCAUGUUGUGAAGAAGUAUGUAAUGGCGAAUCAAUCCCAUACCAGUUAUGUUUUAAAGGGGCAUUUAUUUUGGGGGGUAAACUUACAUGCACAUA